AUGGAGACGAUGCCGGAGAAGGAGAGAGAUUCACCGCAAGAGAUUGAAGAGACUACUCCGUUGCUCGAUGAUUCUCUACCCGAAGGUGAAUUGAGAUCUUCGACGGCGAAGAAGGAGGUUGAGAUCCAUCUUUAUCGGUGUGGAAAAGGUCCGAUCGAUGUGUUCAAGUCGAAUCUCGGUGGUUGGGAGCAGGAUCAGCUCGAGGUUCGAUCGACUCUAGAGAAAUAUGGAUUAAAAGCUAUCUACGCUUUCAACGUCGAGAAAGGUCGUGCUGUACCGAUCCGAUUCCACCCUAGGAAUGGCCUGUCUGUGCUUCCUUACAGAGAUGGUGCCGUCAUUUACAUCGACGGUGAACCUCAGGAUUCCUUGAUUAAACCCAUCACAAAAAUCGUGCUAGGAGUCGUGAUUGUUACGCUGCUAAUAACGUUUUUGUUGAAAGACCCUCCUGCGUGGAUCAAGAACAAUAUCUCCCUUGGGAACUUUCCUCCGUGGGUGCUCGCGUGCAUAGUAAUAGUAUUCACCCGAGCUAGGAAGAGAACCAGAGACUUCUUCAAGAAGUAUGGGUGGUAA